UAAAGAAAACUCUGAAAUCUGAUGCUGAGGAACUGAUUAGUAGUGACCGGCAGUGACCGAGCGCCUCCUAAACCCUGACCUGUGUUAAAUGUUCUAGUAAAGCAGCUCGUCCACUGCAGCGACUCCACCACGGAACAGUGACCGCUUUAUUUAAUCGUAUCCAGCAUAGCUAGAAGCGCAGAAACCGGAGUUCUGUGUAUUUAGAUUGCUCCAGAUGAUGUUUUAUACGUGCCCGGGCUUGGCGUUUCGCCUCCGUGUGAGAGUUGAAGGGACAAAGUGCGACGGCGAGUCCUCAUCGUCCCGCCCCUCAGCGGCUUAGUGACUAAAUCGCGUGGUGUAACGACUUAAUCAUUAGCGGCGGCAGCGCUGUGUUAUUACACACCAGCAUCCUGAGCCCUCUGACCUGCCGAGUGUCCGCUGUCUCACCGACACUACAGGAGGGGGCACUUACUUUUUCCUGCCUGUGCUCGGAGGAUCCUACAGAGUCAUGACUCACACCUCAGCCCGUGAUGGCUGCAGUCAGCUGACCUUGACCUUUGCCCUUACCCUGUCCCUUGGCCUGCUAUGUUGGCCUUUGAGAGAGGUCAGAGGUCAGGCGGCGCUCUCUCCUGCUGUAAUCCUGCAGGAUCUGCUGAGCCGAUAUGGAGAGAACGGGACCAUCUCGGUGCCCCAGCUCCGGUCACUGCUCGCUCACCUCGGCACGGAGCAGAGCGUGGAGAAGACGCCCGAGACGACAACGGAGACCACGCCCACAAAAAACAACAACGACAACAACACGUGUUUACCCGCAGGCACUCUGGCGGCUCACGGUCUGAGCGAGAAGUCCCGUCUAGACGGGCUGGGCCUGCAGGAGUUCUGUCCCGCCAUGCUGCAGCAGCUGGACUCUGGAUCGUGUCGAGGUGAACAGAACCAGGAACCGGAACCGAGCGCCAAACCGUCCAACGCUGAAGUGUGGGGUUACGGGUUCGUGUGUGUUACGGUGAUCUCGCUGUGUUCGCUGCUCGGCGCCAGUGUGGUGCCGUUCAUGAGGAAAACCUUUUACAAACGGCUGCUGCUCUACUUCAUAGCUCUGGCCAUCGGCACACUUUAUUCCAACGCUCUCUUUCAGCUCAUCCCUGAGGCGUUUGGGUUCGACCCCAUGGAAUCGUACUACGUGUCCAAAUCCGCCGUCGUCUUCGGAGGUUUCUAUCUGUUCUUCUUCACGGAGAAAGUCCUCAAGAUGAUCCUCAAACCCAAACACAGGGGAGGACAUGGGCACAGUCAUUUCCCAGUGGGAAACGGUGAUAUGGAGGACGGAGUGAUGGAGAAGCUGCAGAAUGGAGAGGCAGGAGGAGCCAUGUCCUUGCCUCGGGUGGACGGAGAGACCAGAGAGGACGACAAAAUGCUGAGCGCCGGACAAACGGCACAGGACACUCAGGGGGGGUGUUACUGGUUGAAGGGUCGAGCGUAUUCAGACAUCGGGACCUUGGCGUGGAUGAUCACUCUCAGUGACGGACUCCAUAACUUUAUAGAUGGUUUGGCCAUCGGAGCCUCGUUCACUGCCUCGGUGUUCCAGGGCAUCAGCACAUCGGUGGCCAUCCUGUGUGAGGAGUUUCCUCAUGAACUGGGUGACUUUGUGAUCCUGCUGAACGCUGGAAUGAGCAUCCAGCAAGCUCUGUUCUUUAACUUCCUGUCAGCCUGCUGCUGUUAUUUGGGAAUGGGAUUCGGAAUUCUGGCAGGAAACCAGUUCUCACCAAACUGGAUCUUCGCUCUGGCAGGCGGAAUGUUCCUCUACAUCGCCCUGGCUGACAUGUUUCCCGAGAUGAACGAAGUGAGUCGUGAGGAAGAGGAAGCUGGAGGAAGCGCAAACCUCGUGACCUUCGCCAUCCAGAACGCCGGCCUGCUCACGGGUUUCGCCAUCAUGCUCCUCCUGACUGUUUACUCAGGACAGAUACAGCUCGGAUAGCACCGGACGACCAUGGGACCCGACUUGACCUUUAACCUUUAAACCCCUCCCUCGGAUUGAGGAUCUACCCGAUGAGAAGUGAGUGCAGGACUCAGAUUUCAGCUCUGAGCCUGACAUUAACUGUGCAAUGUUGAAGGAACUCUGAGGGGCUGCUGAAAGGCUCAAGGAGGGGGUGGAACAAAAACUCGCUCUGAGCCAAUCCAGAUGCAAAAUGACAACUUUAACUGACGUACAAUAUGCAUUUGUGAUUUUUCUUCCUUUAUUUUCCUCUAUAUUGCGUUCUUUUUCUUUAGUUUUCGUCCCUUGGUUUUCGCCAUGAUGGACCAGUUUGAGAGGAACACUCAGAUCUUUGAUCAUCUAAUGGUCCAUGUUUCAACGCUCGAUAUUUGCUUUCAGUGCUACAUUUGAGAAGUAUUUCGCCGAACGUGUUGUAGACUAGCGCUUUAUCGUAAAUUAACGGCUACAUUCUCGUCUCCUGAUAGAAACGCUGAUUAUAUAAAACAUAACGUUCGCUAAUUAAGGGUCGUGUUCCAAUCCUCUUUUUACCUCACCCUUGUUGACUUCCCCAACAAGAUAGAGAUACCCUGCAGCCAAAGCUAAAGAGAACCGUGAAGCUAAACCGGUUUCCACAGCGUGUUCGUUGUGUCCUAGCUUCUGUAUGACCUUUAAAACGUUUCUCAAAAAUAGAUUUCUAGAGAUAUCCUGUCACCAGCUCACGCUAGAUAGCACUAGCACUGAAGAAUCCCAAAUAAAUAUGCACCUCGCUAGUUCAUGAUAGCCUGUCAGCUAGAGUUACGACUUUAAAUCCUCUCAGAAAUCCUGUUGAUUUCACAAAGCUAGCAAGCAUUAGGAGCUAAUCAUCUAUUCUACUUAAUUCCUCACAGACAUCCUGUCAAUAAAACUGUUCGAUUUUACUUUAAAUACUCUUAUAAAAUCCGGUCACUAGUUCAUGUUAGCCUGCUAGCUAUUACGACUUUAAAUUCAGUUAUGACUCCAUCUCGGAAAUCCCAUCAGAUUCACUCGUUAGUCAGCUAGCUAGCAGUAGCAGAUAAUCAUUUAUGGAGUAAAUUCCUCACAGAAAUUCUGUCGAAAGCUCGAUCCUGUGCGAUUUCACUCAAGGAAGCAAGAUUCUAUCAUCAGCUGAUGUUAGCCAGCUAGCUAGAAAGCAGUUAUUCAGGAAUAGGACUUAAAUCCUCUCAGGAUAGAUCAUGUUAAGAAGCUCAUUAGCUUACUAAAAUAUCUAUUAUAAAUAAGCUACAUUUCUCUCAAAACUCCUGAUAGCAUGUUAGACCGCUAGCUAGCAUUAGUGGAUAAACAUUCCUGAAUAUAACAAAAUCCUGUAUAUCUGAAAUCCUGUCAGCUUAGCUUGUUUUAGCAAGCUGCUAGUGAUGGCGGCUAAAAUGUAUGAAAAUCUGAAUUCUUUACAGAAAUCCUGUCAUUAGUUGCAUUUUUUCUUUUAUCUAGUGUUAGGAUUUAAAAUCCUGUUAGGUUAGCUCAUGAUCACCUACUUAUUAGCCAGCUAGCAUUAACAAAUGAACAAAUGACGGGUUUUUCAAUUGGAGAUACACUUACAUCAGUAAAAGUUAAAACUUCUAGUUGAUGUUCCCUGUGAAACUAGCGUAAUGAUUUUAAAUCCUGUCUGGUUAGCCCAUGUUAACCUGCUCGCUAGCUAGCUUUACCAAAUGAACUUUUACUAAUACAAGCUAACUUGAAAUUCAAAGUCAGAAAUCCAAGUUCUUCAUGCAGCCAGGAUUAUGAUCAAAAAUCCUCUCAGAAAUCCUGUCAGGUUACUUCAUAUGUUAGCUAGCUAGCAGAUAAACAUUCCUGAAUAUGACUUUUACUAGUACAAGAUUAACUCCUCUCAGAAAUCCUGUCAUUAAUUACUAUUCUCCUUCUAGCUAGUGUUAUUUAAAAUCCUGUCAGAUUAGCUCAUACUAACCUGCUCACUACAUAGCUAGCGUUACCAAAUGAGCUUACUAACUAACUUUCUACCAAAUGACAGGAUUUCUGACAGGAGUUAAACUUGUACUAGUAAAAGUUCUCCAUGUCGGCAGCAUUAUGAUCAAAAAUCCUCUCAGAAAUCCUGUCUCGUUAGCCCAUGUUAGCUAGCUAGCUGAUAAACGUUCCUGAAUAUGACUUUUACUAGUAAAAGUUUAACUCCUUUCAGAAAUCCUAUCAUUAAUUACUAUUCUCCUUCUAGUUAGUGUUAUGAUUUAAAAUCCUGUCAGAUUAGAUCAUAUUAAUCUGUUCGCUAGCCAGCAUUACCAAAUGAGCUUAUUAACUAACUAGCUAACUAACGACAGGAUUUCUGACAGGAGUUAAACUUGUACUAGUAAAAGUUCUCCGUGUAGGAGGCACUAUGAUUAAAAAUCCUCUCCGAAAUCCUGUUACGUUAGUUUGUAUGUUAGCUAGCUAGCAGAUAAACAUUCCUGAAUAUGAUUUCAAAUCCUCUCAGGAAUUAUGGCAUUAGUUGACCUUUACCUGACUAGCGAGAGUUACGAUUAAAAAUCCUCUCAGAAAUCCUGUCAGGUUGUUUCAUGUUAGUUUCCUGCUAGCUAAAAUAAGCAGAUAAACAUUCCAGAAUAUGACUUCUAAAGAAACCCUGUCAGGAACGCACAUGUUAGCCAUCUAGUUCCACUGAAAGAAAAAGAAAAGAAAAAAAACGGGAAGACAACAAGAGGUGUGUUGUAAAAUGUCCAGAAAAUAUAAGAAAAUAUUCCCUGUGGAAUUCCUGAACACUUCUGCCAUCUUGUAAUCAGAAGCUAGUUAGCAUCUCUAAGCUCAAAUUAAUAAUGUCAUUCUUUUUCAUUUGGAACGAGUCACAUUCUCCUGCUAGCAAUGCAAACAUGCUAAAUUAGCCUUUCAGCUCAGCUUAGCUUUGUGUCAGCUGCCGUUUUUAUUCCGAACAGCGUUCCCGAGCGUCACUGCCAUCGUCGUGGAUGAGUGGAAGUGCAGGCACUAUUGUGUGGGGCGAUGUUUAUUUCAUAUUGUAUUAUUUCUCAAAGAAUCACAGACCCAUGUCUAGUAGACCAAAUACACGCCUUUAUUUUGCUGUAUUCCUUUCUAAUAUUUUUUUUUUAGUUUUGGGGUUGGUUUGUUUGUUUGUUUGUUUGUUUGUUUGUUUAUCUAUCGCUGUUAUAUCUUUAUAUGAAGAAGUUCUCAUCCUGACACGUCAUUUUCAUAUUUAUUUCAACUCUGCUGUAUGUGUCACGUAACACACAGGAGCCUGUCUGAUAUAAUACGUUAAGGUUCCACUGAUAUUGUAUGAGAACGUUAGCAAACCGCAAACCGGAGCAUUAUGACGUGUUAAAUCGUGUUAACUGACACUUUAUUUAUUUGACUAAAUUCGAUCCAAAGAAUGAGCCGUCGCUAUGGAAACGCUAACCUGCGAUUUGAUCGACGGACCGAGAUGCAGUCAACUGACCAAUCAGAAUCGAGUGUUCAGCAGUGACUUUUAAUCUUACUUCAUGCUAACGUUUGUGGUUUGUUAGCGUUUUCUUAAAACUUUACACGUAACCUUGAUGUAAAGGGAACACAUGGGGUCUGGUUCAGGGUCAUCACGGGGUCAUCAGGAGUCACGUUCUUUCUUUUGUAGAGAUACUGUUUAAAUUCUGUCUUCCAGUUGAUUUUGUCCAAACAUUUGGUUUAAAAAGGGAAUCAGCACGAGUGUAAACACGAUACAGGGAACAGUACAGAGCCACGGCUAGUAACCCUGCACCUACAGUGACCCGUAUGAUAGGUUACGACUGACCGAUCGGUACAGAUACGUGAGCUAUAAUAAGAUCACUGCUAAUACACUAGUUACAGAGUGACCGUGUCUGACCCUGGGCUUUCAUUUCUACAUGGACAGUAUUUUGUUUUUGUUCUCUAUUUUUUUCAGUGUAAUGAAUUUUGUCUCUGGAAUAUAUUUAGUAGUUUUUCUUUGUUUAUGUGCGAGUGGACCUGAGGCGUGUUUUCGUACAUGGAUUUUUACCAAGUUAACCGUAGCCGUAAUCUCAAACCUGCUUGUUGUUAAACGUAAAGAGAUUAGAUUACGGAAACUGUUUCACAUAAUUCUGCUCUCGUCUGAAGAAAAGACUUUAUGGCUGGAGUGAGUUUAGGAGAUAUUUAUUUGCUGAAAGUUUGAACACAGUAUCAUUUACCACCCCAGCGUAAUUAUACGACUGAUAUACAGACACUCUCAGAGAUGACGGGAUCGCUUAGCUCUUUUUAUCCUCUUCACGUUAGACUGCAGCUAUUAAGUCAUUUUGGGGUGGUGGUAGCUCAAGUGGUUAAGGCUCUGGGUCAUUGACUGGAAGAUCAGGGUUCAAGCCCCAGCACCGCCAAGCUGCCACCAUUGGGCCUAUUGGAUUUGGGGAUUUUUUUUUUUUUAUGGAACAAACUGGAAGGACAAGCUACUUACAUUUAGAGACAAAAUUAUCUAUCAGAACAUAACAAACAUCGACAUUCCCUGGAUUUUGGGAUUUUUCUUUUAAUGGAACAAACUGGAAGGAUUUUAUGGUUGAAAGUAUGACAAGUCACAAUGGCCGACUUCCUGACUAGUGAACUAGGGAGCUGAUUGGGACACACCCCAUGUCUCUUCUGGCCACUUUAUAUUAUAUACAUAUAUAUAUAUAUGUAUUAAAAAAGGAAUAAAACAUCCUCUGCAGGCUUCUAGAGCAUUCUCCAGUGGUUUAUUUGCAGAUGAUGGGUUUUCUUCCAUCAAGUCUCGGGUUAUCGGACCUUUCCAGUCAACUACUCACUCCAGCCUUCAAAAUUCCAGGGUAUAGAAUUUAACACAAUUAAAAUAUUGGUGAAUCUUACAUUCGUCAAGAACAGGGCCAUGUUUGGUAUUAUAAAUAUUCUUCUUAUUAUUAUUAUUAUUGAGACCCAUUAGAAUUAAAAACGUCUGUCACAAACCUCUCCCUGUUCCCUACCUGAUGCACUAUUGUCUAUUUAGCAGUAACAAAAUCCUGCAUCAAGCAUCAAGGUUGUAGCUUAGCUGCCAUGCUACCACGGAUACCUGAAUACCCAUGAUGCAUUGUGUCAGACAGAGAAAAAAAAAAAAUGAAGCGGUGGGAUGAAUGAGAUUAUUAGUCAUUUGUAGUGGGUAAAUGAGAAUAAAAGUGGGCGGAGCCAUCUCAUAAGGUGUGUCUGGAUAUUCAAACUGAACGUUUUUGUUUUAUUUUACGUUGGUGAUGUUUCGAGUUUUGUUCGUUUGUGUUGCUGAAAAUGGAACGAAGUGUCCAAUAUGUUUUGUGUGUGUGUGUGUCCUUUAAUCAUUGACUCAUAAGCCAUUGUUUCAGCAUCAAGUGUUUGAGAAACGGGUUUAUUUCCGACCUGUUGGUCUCGAGCCAUCAAUGCAAGACUUUGUGCAAUGAAUAAAAAGACAGAAUUUCAAUGCAAACGUGUAAAACGGAUCGUUUUCGGUCAUUCCAGGUUGAGUAAACUUCAGGCAAAGUUUGUUAGAUUGAGACAAUCCUCAUACCUCGUGAUUAGCGGCUAAUUAGGGCUGAAUGAUUUGUAAAGCCUGGUAUAUCCGCGUGUUUUGCUUUAGAAGAAAAACUCAGUGUUCUCGCCUCGACACUGUAGAAUCAUUCGUAGCUUAUUAUUAUUCGGACCUUGUUGUUACUGUAAGGAAUGUCCCGGUGCUCGCUUUCGCCUCGACGUUCUUAUUAAAGGAGCAGUUCGUAACUUGUAACUGUGAGGUGGAUUGCGUUUCCAGUGAAACAAUUCUAAGCCACGCCCAUCAGCUGACACCAAACAUUCUGUUGGAUCUUUAUUUGCAUCAUCAGCAAAGAAUUUUCAAUAGAAAGCGCUUGUGGAUGCCGGUGGGGAGACGGAGAUCAUAUUUCAGGGCCAGAAAGACUGAAGUAAAGAAACUAGCGAGAGCUCGUUACACCUCAGUAUUGCGACUCGCAUUUUUUUUCCCUCAGUUCUCUUUCUAAAGUCAUAUGGUUUGUUCCGGAUAAACACCUCCUCGACAUUACGAACUGCUUCUUUAAUAUUUUAUGUGAAUUUUCAAAUGAAAAUAGUAAACAACAGUUAAAAAACUUGAUAUAGUUACUGUGAUCCUUGAAAGAAUUGUAGUCAAAUAGGGCGAGCUGGAGCCUCAUAAACAUGUGCAAAGGAUUGUCUAGGAGUACCAAACUCCUUAUUAUUGUGUCUGUGUGGUUUUUUUUAUUAUUAUUAUUGUAACGUAUAAAUCACUAUCAUCUUUAAAAAAAAAUUCUGUCUCCGAGAUGUGUCUUGUUUUGUCUGCUUUACAUUUCUGAACUACACCAUCAUAUACAGUGGAACCUCGGCAUACUAAGGCCCUCCCUUACGAAUUUUCACCUUGAGAAUUGAAAUUUUGCAUCGGCAUACGAAGCAUUUUCAGCAUACGAACGAUCCGAACCCCAAGCUUGGCUUGGGUCAGAACUUUGUAAGCAGUCAUACAGUUUACAUACGCUUUGUCUUGGGAAUAUUGGUCAUAUUUUUGCGUGGCUGGAACGGAUUAUCUGCGUUUACAUUAUUUCUAAUGGGAAAAUUAGUUUCGCAAUACAAACUUUCACCUCAAGAACUCACCUCCAGAACCAGUGAAAUCGGUAUGCAGAGGUUCCACUGUAAUCCAUCAUUAAGUGUAGAAUUUAUUUUAUUUAAUAUUAAGAGUAGGAUUUACGAAUUACUGAAGAGACACGUUAUGGGUUAAAAUACACAAUCAACAUGGUUAGGUCUUUAGUUUUAUCCUGGAGUUGUUUCUUUAAUUAAGAUAUCACAUACAGGAAGCUGAUGACCUCCAGUUUAUCAUUGUUUGUUUAUCACUUCAUAAUACUUUUGUAAUUGAAAUCAAAUGAACUAAGCAAGUAAUAAUAAAUAGAAUGAAAAUGCUUAAAAUUUAAGAAAAAAAAAAGGUUUUGGACCUAUUCUCCCAAAAAAAAAAAUACAAUGGUUCAUAAAUAUGCAAAUUAGCGAAAAACACUCCCUCGUGUCCUCUUAUUAAAAUACACUGAAUAGCUAGCGGGCUUGUUUACGGCUAAUAAACUGCACUGCGUUCUAAAUUAUUAUGCAAGUGACAUUUCAGUAGGAUUUCAAUUAAAUGGACAUUUCAGUU